UCCAAAGGGUAGGCUAAUGAUUUAUUUUUUAAAACAUAAUGAUAGUAUCGCUAUUGUUGCAAGGAGACCGUGACGUUUACAUGUAGCCCACUAGUUUGACGAUAUUCCAAAGUCUAGUUUUGCCGACUAUGUUGCUUCAAGAAUGUAUGAAUAGACAGUAAGUAGCGGGGUGUCACAUAAAAUGAUCACACAAUAGGUCUGUUACUUGUAGACCAUUCAUGUUAAAGGGUGAUAGUAGCCUAAAUGAAAUGUCGUGACGUGACCCCAGUGUUUCUGCCAGAGUGCGGAAUGCGAGACCGGCCCUCCUACCAAAGGAAAGAUGAGGGAAUGGUGGCUUCUUGUGGGCUUGCUGUGCAUUCCUCUGCUGGCAGUCUACCUGCACAUCCCUCCCCAACUGUCUCCAGCCCUCCUGACCUGGCGCUCUGCCGGAGCAUUCUUCACUUUCAGGAGCAACAAUAUAUUCUACAGAGAGACCUAUGGUGCUGUAGGCAGCUCUGAUGUGGUCAUUCUCCUCCAUGGCUUCCCUACCUCCAGCCUGGACUGGUACAAGAUAUGGGCCCUGAAUCGGCGCUUUAACCGGGUCAUUGCUCUGGACUUUCUUGGUUUUGGCUUCAGUGACAAACCGGCCCCCCGCUACUCCAUCUUUGAGCAGGCUAGUGUUGUGAGGCGUUGGUGUCCCUACCUGGGUCUGACGGGGCAGAGGCUCAACCUGCUCUCCCAUGACUAUGGAGACACUGUGGCCCUGGAACUGCUCUACAGGUGAGAUGACCACAACAGGACUGGACACUUGACCAUCAACAGCCUCUGUUUGUCCAAUGGAGGCAUAUUCCCAGAAACACACCAUCCCAGAUUCCUUCAGAAGCUCCUCAAGGACUCCAGCUUCCUCUCUCCGGUGCUGACCCGUCUCACCAACUACAUGGUGUUCUCUAAAGGGUACAUGCCUGUGUUCUCACCUUACACCCAGCCCACAGACGCUGAUUCUUACAUGUGGACAGGGGUCCGCUUCAAUGAUGGGAACCUGGUCAUGGACAGUAUCCUGCAGUUUAUUAACCAGAGGGACGAGCACCGAGACAGAUGGGUUGGUGCUCUCACCUCUACUUUCAUCCCUGUUCAUAUGAUCUAUGGACCCCUGGAUCCAGUCAACCCUCACCCCCAAUUCAUCUUCCUUUACCAGAAACUGGUGCAGAGGUCUACUGUGUCGGUUCUAGAUGAACACAUCAGCCAUUAUCAGCUGGAGGACCCUACUGGCUUCCUCAACGCCUACUUCAGCUUCAUCAACGCCUUCUGAGCCAACUCACCAGCAUUAGACAAUCUGAACUUGACAUCUGCGAGCAUAACUGGGUCAUGUUCAUUCGGGCUCAACGGGAAGGUUAAACAAUUUUGCAAUAGGAAAACAAAAACAUGCAUUACUUAUUGGAGUUCAGCCUGUUUGUGUUUUCUUCUUGGUGCCUAAUGAACACAAAUUUUCACAUCUCCCUUGUGGAAAAAUUGUGAAGAUUCAGCUCUGACUGGUGGGUCGUGAACAAACACCCAUAAUUGAAAAACCUCAAACCUGGAUGAGAACUGUGCACAUUGAAUCAUAGCUGAUAUGACACAGAGUAUCUUGAAUCCAUUCCUGGUAUGUCAUAAAAGCGCAAGCCACGUUGACAGAUACUGUCUCCUGCUACUCGCUAUGAACAAAAUGACAGCACUAAAUGGAUCAACUACUGCUGUAGGGACAUGGGUGAUCUUUCAUGCUUCCAGUAAGAUUUCCUAAGGUAAUCUCAUCUUUGGGGUCCAAUCUAUUGUGUUGUUAUGAC